AUGCCGGCAUCUUAAAUGCGCAAAGAAAGGGUGCCGAGGACACCCGGUUGGGCUUUGUUGCUCUCUUCUGGGUUCCGAGGCCCAAGCCCUUGGGGGCGUUUGUGAGUGGAAGGGAGGUCACGCUAUCGUCCGCGACCCCAGCAGCCCCGUGCCCUCAUUGGAUUCCCGCGACGCGGCUCCUUUAAGAGCCUCGCGGGUCGCCCGCCGUAGGUCGCUCCCCGGCCAUGCGGGUGUUGCGGGCCGGCCUGACCCUGGCGUUGGGCGCGGGGCUGGGUGCGGCCGCCGAGGGCUGGCGGCGGCGGCGGGAGGACACGCGGACGGCGCCGGGACUGCUGGGCCGGCUGCCCGUGCUGCCCGUGGCAGCGGCAGCCGAGUUGCCCCCUGUGCCCGGGGGACCCCGCGGCCCGGGCGAGCUGGCCAAGUACGGGCUGCCGGGGCUGGCGCAGCUCAAGAGCCGCGAGUCGUACGUGCUGUGCUACGACCCGCGCACCCGCGGCGCGCUCUGGGUGGUGGAGCAGCUGCGACCCGAGCGUCUCCGCGGCGACGGCGACCGGCGCGAGUGCGACUUCCGCGAGGACGACUCGGUGCACGCGUACCACCGUGCCACCAACUCCGACUACCGGGGCAGUGGCUUCGACCGCGGCCACCUGGCCGCCGCCGCCAACCACCGCUGGAGCCAGAAGGCCAUGGACGACACGUUCUACCUGAGCAACGUCGCGCCCCAGGUGCCCCACCUCAACCAGAAUGCCUGGAACAACCUGGAGAAAUACAGCCGCAGCUUGACCCGCAGCUACCAAAACGUCUAUGUCUGCACAGGGCCACUCUUCCUGCCCAGGACAGAGGCUGAUGGGAAAUCCUACGUAAAGUACCAGGUCAUCGGCAAGAACCACGUGGCAGUGCCCACACACUUCUUCAAGGUGCUGAUCCUGGAGGCAGCAGGUGGGCAAAUUGAGCUCCGCGCCUACGUGAUGCCCAAUGCACCUGUGGACGAGGCCAUCCCACUGGAGCGCUUCCUGGUGCCCAUCGAGAGCAUUGAGCGGGCUUCGGGGCUGCUCUUUGUGCCAAACAUCCUGGCGCGGGCAGGCAGCCUCAAGGCCAUCACAGCGGGCAGUAAGUGAGGGUGGAGCCCAGCGAGACUGUGGGUGUGUGCAGGCCGGGGAGUAUUAAAGGUGGUGAUUUUUGGAGACAA